AUGAAAUCGUGGGCUAUCGUAGGUCUGUGUGCUGUGCUGUGCCGCAUUGUUUCGUGUUCGACGGGUGCCAUCGACCAUUCCAUUGUCAAGUCGAGGGGUGAUUUCGGCUAUGUGGAAGUACGCAGCGGCGCUCACAUGUUCUGGUGGCUGGAGCCAUUUGCGGGCGAAAGGAGUGAUAUAAAUGAAGACACUCCGCUCGUGAUCUGGCUCCAGGGAGGUCCAGGUGCGUCUGGGACUGGGUAUGGCAACUUCCAGGAAGUUGGCCCAUAUGAUGUGGGUUGGAAGCCCCGGAAGCACAGCUGGGUGCAGAAGGCCAGUAUCUUGUUUGUGGACAACCCCGUGGGCACGGGGUUCAGCUACGUGGAGAAUGGAACAAAUUUCACACACAACAACGCUGAGAUUGCCGCUGACCUCCUCACAUUCCUCAAGAAGUUUCUGCACAAGAAAACAGAGUACAUAGACACGCCGCUGCAUAUUGUGAGCGAGUCCUACGGUGGCAAGAUGGCUGCCGGCUUUGCACGAGCCAUUGUCGAUGCCCAGGCGAGGGAAGAUUUAAAGCUCAAUUUCAGGGGUGUGGCCCUAGGUGACAGCUGGAUAUCCCCGGUAGACUACGUGCUGGCAUGGACGCCGUUCCUGAAGGCCUGGUCCCUACUGGAGGAUGCGGCGCUGUCGAAUGUGAGCCAGGUGGCGCUUCGCACGCAGCAGGCUGUCGGCAACGGCAACCUCACCGGCGCCACCGCUCUGUGGGCGCUGCUUGAAGAGACCAUCUCCAAUGCCACCGACAACGUGGAUUGGUACAACGCCCUGCUGCACAACGUGGACGGUGAGGAAAGCUCGGUGUGGCUGACAGCAGCGCUGCCCGAAAACGGAGUGGCGGCGUCUGCCCGGCGGCUGCUCGCACGCUACCACAACGAUGCUCUGGCUGAAUUCAUGAACGGCAGCGUUCGCAAGCAUGUGGGCAUCAUUCCCGGCAACGUGUCCUGGGGCGCGCAAUCUGCCAAGGUUUUUGAUGAGCUGAGUGGGGACUUCAUGGUGGAUGUGGUCGGUGUUGUGGACGGCCUGCUGGAGUCAGGGGUGCCAGUGACAGUAUACAGUGGCCAGCUGGACCUCAUCUGCUGCACGUUGGGCACGGAUGCUUGGAUGGACCAGCUUAAGUGGAAGGGGGCUGCCGACUUCAAGGCAGCUUCCUCGCAGCCGUUCUAUGUGAAGGGUCAUCGGCCGCAGACAGCGGGCUUCUUCAAGGCGCACAAGAACUUGGCAAUGUACAUAGUCCUGAAUGCCGGGCACAUGAUCCCCUCAGACCAACCUAAGGCAGCGCUCCAAAUGCUGGACCAUAUCUUGCACAGGCAGAGGCGGACGGAGGUGUCAGUGGCCUGA